AUGGAUAUUAAAACGGCCAAGGAAAAUUGCAAAUCCGCGAAAGCGUCUAUGACCAGAAUUCAGAAAUGGGUUAAUAGUAAAUUAAACUCGGAAACUAAUUUAUUCAUUGUAGAAAAUAAAAUGUCACUGUUAAAAGAUGGCUUUGAUAAAUUUUCGGUAAAUCAAGAUAUAAUAGAUUUAGCUACACCUGACACACAAGAACCUGUGGACAGGUCCCUUCAGGAGGAUUUGUUUUCUGAGUUAUCAGCUCGUCUAGCUGAGAAGAUGAAUCCUCAGAAGCACAGAGCCGUAAUAGAUUCAACUCAAGUACUAGUCAAUAAUAAGACAAAUGAUAAGGAAUGUGAGGAAAUAUUUCAAAGAACUACAAAACGAGAUUCUGAUGGCAGACUUAUUGUCACUAUACCUUUAAAGAAGCCUGUAUCUCUUUUAGGAGAAUCUAAAGAUGCAGCAUUAAAACGUUUAAAUGGUCUCGAAACUAGACUUCGAAAAAACGCUAAUCUUUCAAAUCUUUAUCGAACGUUUACGCAAGAACACAUGUCUGUUGGUCACAUGUCGACAAUAUAUAACAAUCAAGAAAUUAAUCAAAUAUCUUACUACAUGCCUCAUUAUGGUAUGAUCAAUAAGCAAAACCAAACUACCAAAUUAAGAGUAGUAUUUGAUGCUUCGGCACCUACCAGUACAGGUGUAUCAUUCAAUCAACUUCAAUAUGUUGGCCCAACCAUUCAAGACGACCUUGUCGCAAUUAUUCAAAAGCUGUGGGCAACGAAAGUAACUUGA